AUGUCUCUCCAGAACCUCAAAUACCUCGGAAAACUCCAAGGAAAGCGCGUGCUCGUGCUAGGAGGUACAUCAGGCAUCGGCUUCUGCAUCGCAGAGGCCGCCAUCGAACACGGAGCAGAGGUGGUACUCUCCAGCUCAAACCAGACAAAACUCGACAACACCGCUGCCAAACUGCAAUCCACAUAUCCUGAUCUCCUGCAGCGGAACCCAGUCACGACGCAGGUCUGCGAUCUGUCCAACAGCGAGGCUCUGGAACAGAACCUCACCGACCUCCUAGAGGCAGCAACGCAGUCUAGAAAGACGAAGCUCAACCAUAUCGCAUGGACUGCAGGAGAUGCGCUCAAACUGCCCGCCCUGGAUGAGCUCACUCUCGCUGACAUUAACCGGGGUGGUCUUGUUCGCGCUGCGGCGCCGCUGCUCAUGGCGAAGCUCUUGCCGAAGUAUAUGGAUGUGUCGCCUGAGAAUUCGUUUACGUUUACCGGGGGAUCGAACACGCAGAAGCCUAAUCCGGGAUGGUCGCUGAUGGCGAUGUGGGGAGGGGCAGUUGAGGGUCUUAUGCGCGGAUUGGCGGUGGAUUUGAAGCCGCUGCGGGUGAAUAUUGUCUCCCCGGGUGCGGUGCAUACUGAGAUCUUUGGGACUGUGCCUGCGGAGAGACUGGAUACUGUGCUGGACGGCUUCCGUCAGAAGUCCACGACGGGGACUGUAGCUAGGCCGGAGGAUCUGGCUGAGGCGUACAUAUAUAUUAUGAAAGACCAGUUUGUGACUGGGUCGAUUGUGGAGUCUAAUGGUGGGAGGCUUUUAGUGUAG